AUGCCUCCAAUCUUUCAGUCUUCCCAGACGCGUCAACAGGAAAGCCCUGCAGAACGAACUUCGCGACAGCAAGAAGACGCUCUAAGGCAGCAGCAGAGGCGUCAUAUUGAAAGCCAUGCAGAGCGGUCUUUCCGGUUACACGAGAACGCUCAGAGGCAACAGCAGAGGCGCCAGCUUGAAAGUUCCGAAGAGCGCAUAAUUCGACUCCAGGAGAAUGCUCAGAGAGUGCGGCAGAGGCGCCAGGAUGAGAACCCCGGAGAGCGUGCUAUUCGGCUGCAGGGAAACGCUCGAAGAGAGCAGCAGAGGCGCGGCUUGGAGAACGCUACUCAGCGAGUCGUUAGGAUGGAAAGAAAUGCCGAACGACAACGAAGGAGACGUGAUUUGGAAGCGGCUGAAGAGCGAGUAGUACGGUUGGAGAACAACAGCCAGCUACAAAGAAGAAGACGACAACUAGAAACCACUGAUGAGCGUGAGAUAAGAAUGCAGCGGAACGCACAAACCCAGCAUAGAAGACGCACAUCUGAAAGUAUAGAAGUGCGAGAAGUGAGAUCACAAGCGGAAGCCGCGCGUCUUCUGAGGAGGCGAGAAUCAGAGAGUAGCGCAGCACGAGCCGCUCGGCUUCAAGAAGACGCUGAAAGACAUCGGAGGCGCCGUGCUCUUGAAAAUGAAGACGAAAGAUCUGCUCGGCUACGGAUAAAUGCUUCCGCUGCCCGCUCACGACGGAACAGAACUACAGAGUCUACCGGAGAGGCGCUGCGUACACGCUUUGCAGGAACAAACUAUUUAGGCGAACUCAGCCAACGAUGCAUAGAUUGUGGAGCUCUGCACUUCCCUUGCGAAGUGAAAAUCACCCAUCCGGGCAAGUUCCAGGAGUGUUGUGAUCUUGGACGAUGUUCCUUGAACUUCUUCAAUGACUUUCCCGAACAAUUGCGGCAGCUCUUUGUUCGAGAGCCACAGCAAAACGAAGAACUACGG